GGCUCGUGCGGCCAUCUUGACUUCCUGACCUUGGGCUCCUGCUGGUGCUUGUCUUUGGUCGUUCCACGCCGUCAUGUCUGUCCUGACGCCGCUACUACUGAGGGGCCUGACCGGCUCGGCCCGACUCCUGAUGCCGCGCGCUCAGGUUCACUCGAAGCCGCCGCGGGAGCAGCUCUCGGUCGUGGAACUCACCAUUGGGCUCACUUCCUGCUUCGUGUGUUGCCUUCUGCCUGCGGGCUGGGUCCUGUCACACCUGGAGAACUACAAGAAACGGGAAUGACGGGAGCUGCUCUCCCCUCGUCCUGUGACUAGACCACUCUUGCCAGCCCACCUUGAUCAUGUGUCCUGCAUUCCUGGCUGGCCUUCCCUGGGAUCAUGGUAUUCAAUUCCAGUCACCUCUUCUGCAAUCAUGAUCUUUCGAUGUCUCCAUGGUGACAACUGGGACCACAUACCCAUCCCCCUUGUAACAAUAAAGUCUAUUUAAACCUUG